ACAAUAUUACAAAGAACUUGAGAAAGUUCUAUGCACAAGCUUACUUGGGACAAUCACCAAAGCAAGCUCCAAAGUAUUGGCUUCAUUUUCAAGUUUCUGUACUAUCGCUUGGUUGGAAUACUUACUUUGUCUCAAAGGCAUAUAGUACAGGUAAUUGAGUUCAAACUUGCUAGUCAAAUUAUAUUGAACAUAUAGUUGAUUCUUAUGAAGCUCACCAUUAAGAUACAAUAUCAUACAAUAUGCAUAAAGAGUAAUGCAUGUUGGUGAAUUGGAUUGCUUACUUAUUUAUAGUAGUGUUUGAAACUAAUUUGUUUGAUGUGAUCUGAACUAGUAACUAAAGUUGUUUCAUGAGUUUCAAAAGCUUGAUUCAUGAAUUGGAUUGCUUACUUCUUCAUGCAAAAAAAGGGAUCAAUGGCAGAUGAAUUGGAUCCAUGUUGAACAAUCAUUGGUGAACACAGGAAAGGAAAGGGCAAAAGUCAACCUUCUUUUUACAUGGGCGGAAGGCAAUGUUGCCAACCAGAGGGAACAUCUAAUUCUUCUCCUUGCCAAUAUUCACAUUCAGAAAGCUAAUAAGCAAUCUGUCUUGAAGUUUUUGGUGGAUCCUACUCCAUUUUCUAGGAUCUUGCAGGCAAAGGACACCAAGUGAAUUAGAUAGAGAGGUUAAGAACUUGAGGGUGGCAUUUACUGACCUGUUUUUGAAGCAUAACACUUUCAAAGAAAAUGCAAAGCCAUCGAGAUAUUGAUGCAAACAAUGGAAGAAUGUAUUUCACUAAUUUUUGUAUACAUUUCUUGUUUUGUAUUUAGUGAUAAAGGAAUCUGAAUUGGGCAUAAAUUAUGUUGUAAUAUGAUUUCUUAAGCCUAGACUAGUAGACUAAAUAUUGUAAUUACAUUUGAGUAAUUAAUAAAAAUCUAUUUAUGUUA